AUGGCUCCGGCUGCGGCUCCGGCUCCGGCGGGCGCUGAGCCGCGGCCCCCCGCGCUGCUGCCGCUGCUGCCGCUGCUGCUGCCGCUGCUGCUGCCCGGCCGCGCCGCCGGCCUGGAGGUGCAGCGCAAGUUCCUCUCGCCCACCCCCACCAACAACUUCGCCCUGGACGGCCCCGGCUCCCGCGUCUACCUGGCGGCCGUCAACCGCCUCUUCCAGCUGUCGGGGGGCGAGCUGGCGCUGGAGGCGGAGGCGGCGGUGGGGCCGGUGCUGGACAGCCCGCUCUGCCACGCGCCGCAGCUGCCGCAGGCCUCCUGCGAGCACCCCAAGGUGCUCACCAACAACUACAACAAGAUCCUGCAGCCCGACCCCGAGCAGGGCGUCCUCGUCGUCUGCGGCUCCAUCUACCAGGGCCUCUGCCAGCUGCGCAGCAUGGCCAACAUCUCGGCGGUGGCCGUGCGCUUCCCGCCGGGCGGCAGCGACCCGGUCACCGUCUUCCCCAGCAUGCUGAACGUGGCGGCCAACCACCCCAACGCCUCCACCGUGGGGCUGGUGCUGCGCCGCGGCGGCGGCGGCGGCGGGGCGCGGCUGCUGGUGGCCGCCACCUACACCGGCUUCGGCAGCCCCUUCUUCCCCCGCAACCGCAGCCUGGAGGACCACCGCUUCGAGAACACGCCCGAGAUCGCCAUCCGCGCCCUCAACGCCCGCGGCGACCUGGCCAAGCUCUUCACCUUCGACAUCAACCCCUCCGACGACAACAUCUUCAAGAUCAAGCAGGGCGCCAAGGCGCGGCACAAGCUCAGCUUCGUCCGCGCCUUCCUGCAGCGCGGCGCCGCGCCGCCCGCCCGCCGCCCCUACGCCUACCUGGCGCUCAACAGCGAGGCCAACGCGGGCGACAAGGAGAGCCCCUCGCACAGCCUGCUGGCCCGCAUCUGCCUGGGCGAGGCGGCCGAGGCCACCCUCAACGGCAGCGGCGAGACCAAGAAGCUGACCGAGUCCUACAUCCAGCUGGGGCUGCGCUGCGGCGGCGCCGCCGACGCCUUCACCCGCCUCGUCUCCGUCUUCCCGGCGCGGGCGGCCUGGCGCAGCCCCGCCGCCCCCGGCCCGGCCCCGCCGCCCGCCGAGGAGCUGCUCUUCGGCGUCUUCGAGCGGGCCGGGGCCGCCGGCGGCGGCGGCGGCGGGGGGGGGCGGCCGCAGUCCGCGCUCUGCGUCUUCCGCUUCGCCGAGAUCGAGGAGACGAUCCGGGCUGCCCGCAACUCCUGCUUCGUCAGCCCGGGCGCCGGCAUGGUCACCGUGCUGGACAGCGUGGUGCAGGGCACCGGCCCGGCCUGCGAGAAGAGGAACAUACAGCUGCAGCCGGAGCAGCUGGACUGUGGAGCGGCGCACCUUCAGCACCCGCUGGCCAUCGUCAACCCCGUCACAGCGACCCCCGUGUUCACCUACAGCGGCCUGACCGCGGUGGCGGUGGCCAGCGUCAAUAACUACACCGUUGUGUUCCUGGGCACUGCCAGCGGAGGACUCCUGAAGAUUAAUCUGGACAGUACCAUGAAGGUUAUUAGCAGAAGAUCCAUUUCGGUGGCUUACGGAGAACCUGUCCACCCCAUCAUGCAGUUUGACCCUUCUGAUUCCACCUACCUCUAUCUGAUGACCUCCUAUCAGAUGACGCGGGUGAAGGUGGCUGCCUGCAACCAGUACUCGACGUGCACGGAGUGCCUGGCCGCCGCUGACGCUUACUGCGGGUGGUGCACGAUGGAGACCAGGUGUUCUCUGCAGCACGAGUGCACGAACUUCACAGGGGCCAACUUCUGGGCGAGUGCAAGUGAAGGAGUGCAGCAGUGCCCUUCCAUGACCAUCUUGGAGCCCGAGAUUAAUAUCGACAAAGAGAACCCGGCCCUGAUAAUACAAAUAAAUGGGACUAUCCCGAACCUGAAUGGAACAAAUAUUUCAUGUGACUAUGGAAAUAAUAUCCACACGGUAGCCAGAGUUGCUGGAGAUUAUGUAAACCAAUUUAUUUAUUGCAGUUUACUUCCACGUGAGAAAUAUCCAGCGUUUCCAGACGACCAAGACCACGUGGUCGUCGAAACUGCUCUCCGGGUCAACAGCAAAAACAUUAUCCGGGCCAAUUUCACCAUCUACGAUUGCAAAAGAACUGGAAACAUUUACCCGAAGAGAGCAUGCACCAGCUGCCUCUCGACCAGGUGGAAGUGUCACUGGUGCCCCUCCACCUACACCUGUGUCUCCAACCACUCGCAGUGUGACGACGCGCUGCAGAUGAAGAAGAAAAUUGACUGUCCACGAAUUGUACCUACCUCUUUGGACCCGAUGCCCACAGGAGUAUCUCGGGACAUUACGAUCUCACUGGCUAAUGCGACUUUCUCUAAGGAGACAGCUCUGGAGUGCCAUUUUGGGACAGACAGGACGUUUGAAGCCCGCUGGGUGAACUCCUCCACCGUGGAGUGCGUACAUGUGCUGCUCCACACAUCAGAAAAAAGCCAUCUCUUCCCAGUGAACCUUCAGCUGAAGGACAGGCCAGACAGAUUUAUCGACAGUCCAGAGACGAUGACAGUGGAGGUGUACAACUGUGCGACUGGGAGUGCUGACUGUUCUCAGUGCCUGGGGAGGGAGGACCUGGGGCACCGCUGCGUCUGGAGUGAGAGCAGCUCCAGCUGCAGGCUGCACAGCGAGCCCACCCCGGUCACGGACGUCUGCCCAGCUCCGGAGAUUAAGAAGAUCGAGCCGCUGCGCGGGCCGCUGGAGGGGGGCACCCUGCUGACCAUCCGCGGGAGGAACCUGGGCCGCCGCUUCAGCGACGUCCUCGGCGCCGUCCGCAUAGGCAGCGUGCAGUGCGCGCCGCUGCCCGACAGAUACGUCGUCUCCGAGGCGAUCGUGUGCCAGACCGGAGAGGCUCCGGAGGCGUUUUCUGAUGUGGUAACGGUUAACGUGAGCCGGGAAGGGAAGUCCAGGGAGCGAUACUCCUACGUGCUUCCCGUGGUGCAGUCCAUAGCUCCCCUGAAUGGCCCGAAGGCUGGAGGAACCAGAGUGACCAUCAGAGGCAGCAGGCUGGAUGUCGGCUCUGAGCUCCGCGUCCUCGUCAAUACCUCCAAGCAGUGCACUGACCUCAGCCGCAAUGACAGCACCAUCACCUGCACCAUGCCGUCCGCCGAGCUCACCACGGCCGUGCGAGUCUGCGUUCAGUUCGAGAACAAGUCUUGUGCCAGCUACAACAUCACGUUCAAGUAUGAGAAGAACCCAGUUAUAUCAGACAUCAACCCCAAAAAGAGCCAGAUCAGCGGGGGCAGGAUCAUCACCCUGGAAGGAAGAGGAUUUGAGCUGGUCCAGAAUGUGUCCAUGGUUGUCCGUGGCAUCGGCAGAGAGCAAACGAGCUGUAAGGUUCACACCGACACCGUGAUCACCUGCCCCUCUCCAGCUGCCUCCAACAUCACUGCGGGGAGCAAGCCCGCACCCGUCGAUUUCUAUCUCAACGGUCGCCUCUAUGCAGACGACCGUCCGGCUCUGGAUGAGGAGAUGUACCCCGAGGAGGCUUUGCACAUCAGCAAGUUCAGCCUGGAGUACUAUGCCGACCCCCAGUUCUUCACAGCCAAGAAAGAGAAGUGGAUCAAGCACCAUCCUGGCGAGCCCUUAACUCUCGUUAUACACAAAGAGCCUGACAGCCUGGGCCUGGAAAGCAAUGAGUACCUAGUGAAAAUUGGCCUUAUCUCAUGCGAGAUCCAGAUUGUUUCGGACAAAGUCAUCCACUGCUCUGUCAACGAGUCACUAAGCACCUCGGAAAGACAGUUACCCGUGACGAUCCAAGUUGGAAAGUUCAACUACACAAUUGCGAUGCUGCACCUUGGGGGAGGAGAGACCGCAAUCAUCGUCUCCAUUGUCAUCUGCAGCAUCUUGCUGGUCCUCUCUGUCGUAGCUCUCUUUGUGUUUUGCACAAAGAGCCGCAGAGCAGAGCGCUACUGGCAGAAAACCCUGCUCCAGAUGGAGGAGAUGGAAUCGCAGAUCCGGGAGGAAAUCCGCAAAGGUUUUGCGGAACUGCAGACAGACAUGACAGACCUGACCAAGGAGUUAAACCGCAGCCAGGGGAUCCCGUUCCUGGAGUACAAGCACUUUGUCACCCGGACGUUUUUCCCCAAAUGUUCCUCGCUCUAUGAGGAGUGCUACAUCCUGCCGUCCCAGCAGCUCAGCUCCCAGGUGGGCUCCCAGGUCCAGGAAACUCAUCCGCUCCUGGUGGGGGAAUGGAAAAUCCCUGAAAACUGCAGACCCAAUAUGGAAGAAGGAAUCUCGCUGUUCUCCACCUUACUCAACAACAAGCACUUUCUCAUCGUGUUUGUCCAUGCUCUCGAGCAACAGAAGGACUUUGCUGUUAGAGACAGAUGUAACCUGGCCUCCCUGCUUACUAUUGCGUUGCAUGGGAAACUGGAGUAUUACACCAGCAUCAUGAAGGACCUCUUGGUGGAUCUAAUAGAUGCUUCAGCUUCCAAAAACCCCAAGCUGAUGCUGAGGAGAACGGAAUCUGUGGUGGAGAAGAUGCUCACCAACUGGAUGUCCAUCUGCAUGUACAGCUAUCUCAGAGAGACGGUUGGAGAGCCCUUCUUCCUCUUGAUCUGUGCGAUCAAACAGCAGAUUAACAAAGGGUCCAUCGACGCCAUUACAGGGAAAGCCAGGUACACCCUCAACGAGGAGUGGCUCCUGAGGGAGAACAUCGAGGCAAAGCCGAGGAACCUCAACGUCUCCUUCCAAGGCUGCGGGAUGGACUCCUUGAGUGUCAGGGCCAUGGACACGGACACGCUCAGCCAAGUGAAGGAGAAGAUUCUGGAGGCCUUCUGUAAGAAUGUCCCCUACUCCCAGUGGCCAAGGGUGGAAGACGUCGACCUCGAGUGGUUCGCCACCAGCACCGACAGCUACAUCCUCCGGGACCUUGAUGACACCUCGGUGGUGGAGGACGGCAGGAAGAAACUCAACACAUUAGCACAUUACAAGAUCCCCGAAGGGGCGUCACUGGCCAUGAGUUUGUCAGACAAGAAGGACACCACGCUGAGCAGAGUCAAGGAUUUGGACACCGAGAAGUACUUCCACUUGGUUCUCCCAACCGAUGAAUCAGUUGAACAUAAGAAGUCCCACAGACAGAGCCAUAGGAAGAAGGUCCUACCGGAGAUCUACCUGACCAGGCUGCUCUCCACAAAGGGCACACUGCAGAAGUUCCUGGACGACUUGUUCAAAGCCAUUCUCAGUAUCCGAGAUGAUAAACCACCCGUGGCUGUGAAGUAUUUCUUUGACUUCCUAGAGGAGCAAGCAGAGAAAAGAGGGAUCACAGACCCUGACACUAUGCACAUCUGGAAGACCAACAGCCUACCUCUGAGGUUUUGGGUCAACAUCCUGAAGAACCCCCAGUUCGUCUUCGACAUUGACAAGACAGACCACAUCGACGCCUGUCUCUCUGUGAUAGCCCAGGCCUUCAUUGACGCCUGCUCCCUGUCUGACCUGCAGCUGGGCAAGGACUCCCCGACCAAUAAACUACUGUACGCCAAGGAGAUCCCCGAGUAUCGGAAGAUAGUGCAGCGAUACUACAAGCAAAUCCACGACAUGCCCCCGCUCAGCGAGCAGGAAAUGAACGCCCACCUCGCGGAGGAGUCCCGGAAAUACCGGAACGAAUUCAACACCAACGUCGCCAUGGCUGAGAUAUACAAAUACGCCAAGAGAUAUCGCUCCCAGAUCGUGGCCGCCCUGGACGCCAACCCCACGACGAAGCGCACCCAGCUCCAGCACAAGUUUGAGCAAGUGAUUGCGCUCAUGGAGGAUAACAUCUACGAGUGCUGCAGCGAAGCCUAGGCCGACUGCAGCCCUGGAAGUGACCUUCUCCGCAGCGCAGUGCUGUAGGGAACCUGCCUUCAGCCACGGAGACACCGUGGAUCGCCUCCGCCGGGGUCAUUCUCAAACCAGCCUUGUGGUGGGGGUGGGCCUGGCCCGCGGCUGAAGGGCUCCCUCACCUAACAAGAAGCCACGAGACACCUUUUCGAGCAGCUCAAAAACCCUCUGGUCUGCACUGUGGCACCCAUAAUUUAUUUGCUGUUGCCAGCCAGAAAUGGAGACGUGACACUUGUGGCAAGCUCAGUUCACCACUUCCCUCUGAUCAGCACCUGAGCGGUCAGCGGCUCUCUGCAUCCCUGUUUGUGGUUCCUCAGGACGAGAGACAGGGCUGCAGAAGCUGUAACAAUAGGCGCAAAGCAGAAGGGUAGCCUCAGGGAGUAACGAGCAGAGAUGGCAAAGGCCAUCGGAGCAACGCCUGAGCUCCCUUCCACACCAUCCCUCCGACAUCCUUGUUUUUCCAACACCAGGGACCCUAUCAGCUGUUCACUAUCUGCUGCAUUCUGUGUAUUUUUGUGCCUUUUAAUUUUUGUACUGUAUGUGUAAACAUAACCACUCCUCCAUCUGAGACUUGGGCAACACAGGGAACUCGGGGCUGAGACAGAGCAGUUGCUUCCCAAGUAGCUAAGGCAUGGUGAAAGCACUUUAUCCCCUGAGACAGCUGUUACGGAGCUGGAGGGAGCGUGUUGCAUGUUAGACAGUGUGGGAAGGGCUGUUCCCCCUUCCCCAGGUUCCCAUAUCUGCGUGCACGGCGAGCUGGAGUUGCAGUGGGUAGGCAAAUAUCCCCCCACCUUUCAGCCAGCUGGUCACAGGCAUGGCUUCUGCCUAGAAGACCAGACGUAGCGGGUGAGGAGAAGGACUCGUGCUUCACACUCCAGUCUCCCUGCCGUGCUGGCUGCGCACGCGUCCGUGGCGCUGCCCCAGCUCAGCCCCGGUAACACCGCUCAUGCCAGCGGUUCAGCUCCUGCUGACGGCCCUCUGACAGAGCAGACUUGAGCCACGCGCAGGGCAAAACACCAGGUAGCAUCUUCCCUCCCUCUGCCCCACGCGCUCCAGCAUCUCCCUGCGAUCAUCACCGAAAACGAGGUCAGUGCUAGAGGCGUCUUCCUAAAGCAGCUUGUUCUGCUCGCUUCGGACCCAGCCCACCAUGGUUGUCACCUGAGAGCAACCAAGAGAGCACAGUUUUGCUGCAUGUCCCAUCUUUUUUCCAGCCCGCAAAGGGACUGGACCCCAUCCCCCUGGCAGCACAAUGCUCUCGCUCAUGCAGGCCAGCAGAGCAGCUCCAGCACCCCAAGCUGCAAACGAAGGUAGAAAGUGUCCCAUGCUUACACGGGGGUCAGCAAGCAGCGUCCCACUGCGCAAACAGAGCUCGUACCAGACCUAGAAACUUCACUGCCGUCCCGCAGCAUCCGCGCUGGGGCAAAACCCUUGUCCCAGCUUGGUGGCCCCUUCUCCUUUCUGCAGGCAGCUUCGUCCUUUCUGCAGGCAGGGGAGUCAUGACUGCUCUGGGUCUUCUCCAGCGUCACACAGGCCCCUCUGUAGAGGCUGGACCGUAGCUAACGCCACAUGCUUGAAGCCAGCAUUCACAUGCAGGCAAAGGCAACCUGCCCAUGAAAGCUAAACCCAGCCAUAGCCACCGCAUUUUCAAACUGCCAAAUAGAAAAGAAAAUUUUAAAAAAAGUUACUACCUCACUCCAGGCAGGGUCUAAGGUGAGCCUCCGUUACUCAUCCAGCUGGCAAGGAUGCAACCUGGUAUUAGAUGACUUUGGUCCACCAAAACUCCUCCUGGGUGACUCACUGCCAUGGACAGGUGGCCUCCAUCCCAUCGUUUCCAGUAAUGCCACAUUUGUCAGAAAUUGGAACAUCAGAAUUGUGUAUGUGUAUAUAGAUAUCUAUUUUAAAACAAAUGAUAGACUUUAUCCAGUAUGUUAAA